ACACACUGCUCUCAGACCUGAGCCAGGUGUGGAUCAAAAUGUAGUGAAUCUGUUUCCAUGGGCUAUGAGGUCAAAGGCCAGGGUCCUCAAGACAAGAACUGAUUGAUUUAAUGAAAGUGUUAUGGAACACAUCGAGAAGGGUGAUACGGGCUACCCAAGACUCACACUGCAGCACAGAACAGGAAAGUAAAGUGGGGAGGAAGAUCACUACUGAGAAAGCUUUUGCUCUCCCUAAAAGAAGUUAACUCUGGUUGGUGACUUGUGCUUGAACCAUAGUGCUAGGGUAGAAACUGCAAAACCAAGAAGAAGUCUGAACCUGAGAACAGACAGGAUGUUCUUCAUGUUGAAGUCAUGAUCAUGUGAACUGCACUUCCUCUACAAGUGAAAAAGUUCCCUAUUCCUGUGCCUUUCCUCAACUCCUCGCCCGUGGAAAUCUGCCUCUGAGAGUUCCAGCCCAGUUCCUGACCAAGAGACUCAAAUUAUUUCAGACAAAUGCUUUCUCUGUGAUAGUUUCCAUUUUAUCAUUGUAGAUUUUUUCAGAUAUAAAAAUUUUAUUGAAUGAAGAUAUGGACCUGAAGAAUAAAACUACAUCCAGUUUCAUCCUGCUGGGGCUCUUUCCCAGCUGCAGGUACCCAAACCUCCUUAUCUCCUUCAUCCUCCUCAUCUACACCCUGGCCUCGGCUGGAAACUCCCUCUUGAUACUCCUCAUCUGGCUGGACCCCCGUCUCCACACACCCAUGUACUUCCUGCUCAGUCAGCUGUCUGUCAUUGACCUGGCUUAUAUCUCCUGCACAGUGCCCAAGGCAGCCAUCAACUACUUCACCGGGAGGCAGAACAUCUCCUUCUUUGCCUGUGCCACUCAGAUGUUUUCCUUCCUCACCCUUGGCCUUGCUGAGUGCAUCUUACUGACACUAAUGGCCUAUGACCGUUAUGUGGCUGUCUGUAACCCUCUGAGGUAUACCAUUCUCAUGAGCCCCAAGGUCUGUCUGAUGAUGGCCGCCUCCACCUGGAUCGGAGCAGUUGCCGCAGCCCUCGUUCAUACCGUAUACCCCAUGAAUUUUCCUAUCUGUGGCUCCAGGGAGAUCAACCAUUACUUCUGUGAGAUGCCCGCUAUUCUGAGAAUGUCUUGUGUGGAUACAUCUGUCUACGAGAUGGUGAAGUUUGUGUCAACUAUUAUCUUUCUCCUGACCCCAUUCACUUUGAUCCUGACUUCCUAUACCCUCAUAUUCCUCACUGUCCUCAGGAUGAACUCUCCCAAGGGGCGGAAUAAAGCCUUGGCCACCUGCUCCUCCCACCUGACUGUCGUGAGCCUCUAUUUUGGUCAGGCCAUCUUCAUCUACAUGACGCCCACUUCUUCCCACACACCCGACCAGGACCAGGUAGGUGCUGUGCUGGGCACCAUAGUGACCCCCAUGCUCAAUCCUCUUAUCUACAGCCUGAGAAACAAGGAAGUGAUAGGGGCCCUGCAGAAGUGCACCGGCAGAUGCUGCAGCCGUGAUAGAGUCGGCUCCCUCCGGUGCUGCACUCAGAAGUGUCCUAUCCUUCAUCUUAAAAGCGAAUUUAAGUCUAAGGAAAUCCAGAUUGGAAACAGAGCCUUGUAA